AUGCCUUCCGGGGCGUUCCUCUGCAUGCUCCUCUUGUCGGGUCUGCCUUUCUUCGAGCGCCUUGCUCAAGGAGUGUCUCGCAUAACAGUGAAGAUAGGAAGGAUCGAGUUUGGCUGUCUCAACUUUUUCGCUGGGAUAUCCGCAUUUUUCCUAUUCUCCGAGAUCAUGAAGUUGCAGGAAGCAGCUGCAAGACAGGGGGAUUUCCCCUCAGUGGAGCUUUCUGACAAGUUCAAGUUGCAGAGUGACAUUGAUAGGUGGCAUCAUGAGCGCAACUUUUGGAUAUCCCUCUUCGUCCUCACGUUAUGGGUGGUGGCAGCGAGGCUCACUACUCUCAUUCGCCGACACCGACUGAACAAGAAGAACUAG